AUGGAACGCUAUACACAAUGGAGAGAUAAAUCUACAGGGAUUUCACCUUUUUUACCGAUUUUACAAUCAAAUGUUUUGGGUUAUAAUGAAUCUUCAAUUGGUAAAAUUAUUAAAAAUUUUAAAAUUGAUUUAGUGGGGAGUUUUAUAUUGGUUUUGAUUAAAGUUGUGGUUAUAUUACCAUUGUUGUUGUUAUCUCUGGUUAUUGGUGGUAUUAUAGGUCAUGGUCAAAUUUGGUGGUUGAAUAGAUUAAUUCUAAGUAUAUCAGGUUUAACUUCAUAUGAAUUAACAAUUCAAAAUCUAAAAUCUAAAAACUUGAAUAAAUCAUUCUAUCCAUCCAAGGGAGAUGUUUUCUUAUGUAAUUUUUCAAGUCCAUUAGAUUUAAUCACUUUAUAUUUAAUUUCAAAUGAUGAUUUUGUUAUAUUAUUGCCAAACACCAAGGGGGGUUUAUCAAUUCAAUCAAUCUCACAAUUCUUGAAGAAGAGUAUUUCAGGUGUAUUGUUAGAUGAAAUUGAUUCACUAAUUGAUUAUAAACAAUUGGAAAAUAAAAUCAUUUAUAUUUUUCCAGAAGGUACAACAUCAAACGGGAAAUCAAUCUUACCAUUUAAAUUGAAUCAAACUUAUUUCAAUGAAUUUAUCAACAAUUUACAAUCUGAUAAAAAAACUCACAAGAUUAGAACUUUAGGAUUAAAAUAUUAUCCAUCAACAUUAGUAACACCAAUAAGUUAUUCAUCUUGGUCAUUCUUAUUCAAAAUCCUGAGUCAAUUAACUUAUAAUGUUAAAGCAAGAAUAAAUUUCCCAAAUCAAUUAAAUUCAAUUGAUACAGAUUUAAAUAAGUUAAGGCUAUCAUUUACAAAUAAUGGGAAAUUCAAAUUAGUUUCUGAUGAAUUAGAUAUAAAUUCUAAAAAAGCAUUUAUUGAAAAUUAUAUAGGAAGAAGAUAA